AUGGUGAAUCAUUUUUCAAAUAUCUCUAGAGAAAUAGCUCCGAACAACGGACAGAUCUUUCCUAGCAAUCAAUCACCAAAUAGCCACUCCAUGACAUCUCAAGGGAAAAAUCGUGAGAAUAAUAUUGUUGGUGUUAGAAAUAAAUUAAUAGUGCCUCAUGCAACUUUCAACAACACCACAUCUUUCAUAACAGCAGCUCGAUAUGGCCGAAGGAUGCCUUUGUUCCUCCUAGAUUGUCCUAGAUCACGUAUGGGCCCACACAAUAUUGGUUCUCAAAGUUAUGCAAAUGGUUUCACAGAUUCUUCAAGAUACGUUUUUCAUAAUAGAAGGACACAUCGACAUUUUCCUUAUUUGAAUCGUACUAGAAAUAACUUUCAAAUAUUGAAUGAUUAUCAACUGAUUUUGUCACAAAAGAAAGAGUUAAAUCUUUUCAAGGAUGACAACAAUGCAACUCUCACAACCUCAAAAAUUGAAACUUAUGACGCACAUGAAAAUGAUGACGAGAAUUUGGAUCUCUCACUUCACCUUUAA